AUGACCAACAAGAGGCUCGACUCAGGCUGGACCGCUAUCAGGGAUGAAAGAAGCACAACUUCCUCCCUCUCGGACCGAAGCAGCGCCGCCAGAAGGAAGCAUCAGGAAGAGGAGGCCGUCAAGGAGCAGCAAAGGGUGGAGAGCGACCUGAACCCUUACUCUGCGACCUUCCAGCCGUUCGCUAGUCCCCCUAGGACCAUGCCCGAUAUCUCGCAGCUUUCCUUCUCGGACAAGGCUUCCACCGUGUCGGACGAGUUCAAGGUUACGUCUACCCAGAGUACCCCUCAUCACAGCUCCACCGCCAAAUAUGGGAACGCUCGAACACCAACACUCAGCGCAUCUACCGGGACCUAUGGUACACCCUCCACCCGCGCCCAGCUCUCUCCCUUCACCCCGCACACUCCCUUCGCGCGGUCCUCGUCCAACCCCGUCACCCCGUUGACUCCGUACUAUGGCUCGUCCGACCUCGGAGCGAGUCAGAGCAGCAAGGUGCAGACGAAGGCGGAAGAGGCAGCUGCGAGCGGGCAGGAGACUGCUGAGGAGAUUGGCCGGUAUCUUCUGAUCAAUGAUCUUCCUAGGGAUCUUGACGGAGCGCACAUCAAGAAACUCAUUGGCAGCAUCGCCCACUUCAAGGUCAUUAUCGUCAAGAACCUCAAGUCGAGGGGAAGCAUUAUCGUGGCUUUCUAUGAUCCCCGGGAGGCCGAGAAGGUCCAUCGCCACCUCCAUGCCCACUUGGUCGCGUUCCAGGAAGGAGCUCCUCGCCUUUCCCUUCAUUGCAUGCGCAUUGAGCGGAUGGUCGUUGAUCAGAUCGCUGAACAAGGGGGAGAUUGGGAGAUCUAUUGGGGAUACCAGGAGUCUGUCAUUGUCAUUGAGGUCGUUGGCGACAGGGCGGUGACUCUGGAAAACAUGAAGAACUGCUUGAAGGCUAUUGGCGAAGUCCAGCGCGUCCAGCCUGUUGGCCUUGACGGGAAGCGUUUCAUCGCCGAGUUCUGGGACACCCGAGUGGCCGCCGAAGCUAUCAAAUGGCUCAACGGCCCACUCCACACCGACUCAUACCUCACCGCUCGCUACCUCUCUGACAACGCCCAGCCCUCGGCCGAGCCCCGGUCGAUGCGCCGAGUUGCCUCCGGGCCCGCCGACUUCACUCUCGGCUCCGUCGCUGCUCGCGGUCGUACCGGUCCGCCUAGUCACUUCCGCACUUCCGCGGGCGCAGGGCCAGGAGACGUCUUUGGGCCUUACCUUGGUCCCUCCACCCCCUCCGCCAGGUCCACCAACCUCGACCAGCCGUCCCCUACUGACGAGUGGCUCGCACUCCGCAGCAGGUCCGCUUCGGCUCGGAACCAGGACCACGCCCUCCAGCAGCCAUACAGCAAUUAUGACUCUCCGGCGCACUUGCACAACUUCAGCAGGCGCUCGUCCGAGGUCGGCGCGAUCGGUGACCUCGUUAGUCAGAUGGACCUGGCUGCCAGGUCGAGGAGGGACGAUGGGCCGAGGUAUGGCAUGUUCAGCAAGAAGGCGAUUCCGCCUGAUAACCGGGUGUACCCUGACAGGAUCAUACUUGGUCAAGAUCACCGUACGACGGUCAUGAUCAAGGAUGUCCCGAACAAGCUGGCUCGAGAGGAGCUGGUCAACAUUCUCAGCGAGAGCGUGCCGGGCGGAUUCGACUUUGUCUACCUCCGAUUCGAUUUCAAGAACGCCUGUAACGUCGGCUAUGCCUUUGUCAACUUCACUUCCCUUCAGGCGCUGUAUGACUUUAUCCAAGCUAGAGUCGGGAAGCGGUGGAACCUCUUCUCCAGCGAGAAGGUUCUUCAAAUCUGCUAUGCGGACAUACAGGGCAAAGAGCGGCUCAUCAAUAAGUUCCGCAACUCGGACGUCAUGACUGCGCCAGAGCAGUGGAGGCCCCAGAUCUUCUACUCGCAAGGUUCGCAGAAGGGUCAACCUGAGCCAUUCCCUGAGCCUGAUCAUCCUGCAAUGCGUAUGCGAGGUGGCUUAUCUCGACUGCCGAUGUAUGGGAACGCCCCGUCCACCCUCGGCUUUGAGGACGGAUCGGCGUACGACUACACCACGGCCGACUUUGACCGCGCGUACGGCUACUAG